AUGUUGCAAUGUCGUGAUGAUCCACCGCUGUUUAAUCUCGACGAUAAUGCUACUGUGGAAUUUUUUCAGGGAUUACAAGCAUUUAGCGAGAUUUAUACCAUUCUUCAUCGUUAUCUAUGCUUAGUAUUGUGCAGUGUUGGUAUCAUAGUGAACACAUUACAUUUCUUUGUUCUAAGUCGUCGACCUAUGCGCGCAUACAUCAUAAAUGCGUUAUUAUGCGCAAUGGCUGUAUGUGAUGCGUUAACGAUGACUUCAUAUUUGAUCUACAUUCUUCGUUUUCGAAUAUUCGACAAUGCAACGGGAGUAUACGGACAUAUUUUCUUUUUCACUGCAUUUUCCGUCACAUUCAUCUCUAUACCAAAUUUAUUAGUGCAUAAAAUCGUUUCUGUCAACGAAUUUCUUGGUACAAACAUAACACAGCACGAGAAUCUAUACACAGUACAAUUGGAUGAGACUGACAUUAGUGGAUGUACUUUGUUUCGAGCAAAUCUCUGGAUAACAGGAAUAUUUUUCAAGGCUGUCCCAUGUGCUCUUCUGUUAUGGUUCACGAUUGCGUUAAUAUGGAAAUUAUGCGAGAUGAGCGAAAAACGUCGACUUUUGCGAGGAGACGGUAAUGGGAACAAUAACAACAAUGCAAGGAAAAAUGCAAAAAUAAGCAUCGAUAAAACGACGCUCAUGCUCAUUAUUAUGCUCGUUGUGUUUCUCUGCACUGAACUUCCACAAGGAAUGCUCGCUGUCUUAUCCGCCAUCUAUCCAACACACAUUCAUACGAUGGUUUACAUAAAUGUGGGCGAAAUUCUUGAUCUACUCUCAUUAGUGAAUUGCCUUACAUCAUUCGUUCUCUACUGUUGUAUGUCCAGCACAUACCGAGCAACAGUUAAAGCACUUCUGAUGCCAAAUCGAAGAACUAGCGUUCAGAAGAACACUUUAGCUGCACAAUCCUUGAGAUUAUUAAUGUCAUGA